CUGUGGGGAGGCGGGCGCUGCCUGUGGUCGAUUCUAGUGGGGCGCUUCGAAAACGAUCAGAAGGGAGUCUGAGACGCGCCUCGCCCUUUUGGACAAGCCGCGAGCCUCCCCGUGCGCAGGAAGUGCGACAGUCAGCCGAGGUCACCCCGAGGGCAGGGAACAGGUGACUGUCGCGUGAGCCCGCGAGACCCGCCUGGGUCGUCGCCUCCGCGGGCCCCGUUUGCUGCACAGGGUCCCGUGAUGGCGGCGGCGUGCGUGGACCCGGCGCAGGUGUCUGUGACCUUUGAUGAUGUGGCCGUGACCUUCACUCAGGAGGAGUGGGGGCAGCUGGACCCAGCCCAGAGGACUCUGUACCAGGAGGUGAUGCUGGAGACCUGCAGGCUCCUAGUGUCUCUGGGGUGUCCUGUUCCCAGACAUGAGCUGAUCCACCAGCUGGAGCAUGGGCAGGAGCUGUGGAUGGUGAAGAAGUAUCUGUCCCAAAGCACCUGUCCAGGUAAGAAAGGAAAAUCCAAGAUCACAGAACCUACUACUUGUGAAACUGCCGUAUCUGAGGGAGCCUCACUUCGGGAACUAGCACAAGGAGCUGAAUCACCAGAAGACUUCCGGGUGGACCAUGACAAGGAUCAGAAUGGGCCAUUGGAAUUGGAAGAAGGACAGUUGAAGUCAGAUACAGACCCGCAGAAGGAGAAGCUUCCUAGGAAACCAAGUACUGAACGUGGUGGCUUAGGGACAGCUGAUGAUGUAUGUUCAAGAAUUGUGCAGCACGCAGUUCCUCCAGGAGGUGCUCUACUUGACCAUGGCUCACAGGAAUUUGAUAAACAUCCCAUGAUUCAGGAAGAGGAAAAUAUCUUUAAAUGCAAUGAAUGUGGGAAAGUGUUUAAUAAGAAACGCCUCCUUGCCCGACAUGAGAGGAUUCACUCUGGAGUGAAGCCUUAUGAAUGCACAGAGUGUGGGAAAACCUUUAGUAAGAGCACUUACCUCCUUCAACAUCACAUGGUCCACACAGGGGAGAAGCCAUAUAAAUGCAUGGAGUGUGGGAAGGCCUUUAACCGCAAAUCACACCUUACCCAACACCAGCGGAUUCACAGUGGAGAGAAGCCCUAUAAGUGCACUGAAUGUGGAAAGGCCUUUACCCAUCGCUCCACUUUUGUCUUACAUAACAGGAGCCAUACUGGAGAAAAACCCUUUGUUUGCAAAGAAUGUGGAAAAGCCUUCCGAGAUCGGCCAGGUUUCAUUCGACACUACAUCAUCCACAGUGGUGAGAAUCCCUAUGAGUGCUUCGAGUGUGGCAAGGUCUUCAAGCACAGGUCAUACCUCAUGUGGCACCAGCAGACUCACACAGGGGAGAAGCCCUAUGAGUGCAGUGAGUGUGGGAAGGCCUUCUGUGAGAGUGCAGCCCUCAUUCACCACUAUGUCAUCCAUACUGGGGAGAAGCCCUUUGAGUGCCUGGAGUGUGGGAAGGCCUUCAACCACAGGUCGUAUCUCAAGAGGCACCAGCGGAUCCACACUGGAGAGAAGCCUUAUGUUUGUGGUGAGUGUGGAAAGGCCUUCACCCACUGCUCCACUUUUAUCUUGCAUAAGAGGGCCCACACUGGAGAGAAACCUUUUGAGUGUAAAGAAUGUGGGAAAGCCUUCAGCAAUCGGGCAGACCUCAUUCGACACUUCAGCAUCCACACUGGAGAGAAGCCCUAUGAGUGCAGUGAGUGUGGGAAGGCCUUUAACCGCAGGUCAGGCCUCACGCGGCACCAGCGGAUUCACAGUGGGGAGAAGCCCUAUGAGUGCAUGGAGUGUGGGAAAACCUUUUGCUGGAGCACUAACCUCAUUCGACACUCCAUCAUCCACACUGGAGAGAAGCCCUAUGAAUGCAGCGAGUGUGGAAAGGCCUUCAGUCGUAGCUCAUCUCUCAGUCAGCAUCAAAGGGUUCAUACUGGGAGAAACCCUCCCUAUACAUGUGAGGAAUGCGGGAAAGUAUUCAACAAGAAAUGCUACCUGGUCCGACAUGUGCAAGUUCACACUGGAGGGAAGCCCUACGAAUGCACAGAGUGUGGGAAAACCUUUAGCAAAAGCACCCACCUCCUGCAGCACCACUUGAUCCACACAGGGGAGAAGCCCUUUGAGUGCCUGGAGUGCGGGAAGGCCUUCAACCGCCGGUCACACCUCACCAGGCACCAGCGGAUCCACACUGGAGAGAGGCCCUAUGUGUGCAGUGAGUGUGGGAAGGCCUUCACCCACCGCUCCAAUUUGGUUCUGCAUAACAGGGGCCACACAGGAGAAAAACCCUUUGUGUGCAAAGAAUGUGGGAAAGCCUUCCGAGAUAAAACUGGUUUUCUUCGGCACUACAUCAUCCACACAGGAGAAAAGCCCUUCGUGUGUGUGGAGUGUGGGAAGGCCUUCAACCGAAGGUCGCACCUUACGUGGCACCAGCAGACUCACAGUGGACUGAGACCCUUUAAAUGCAAGGAGUGUGGAAAAGCCUUUUGUGACAGCACAGACCUCAUUCAGCACUACGUCAUCCACACUGGAGAGAAGCCGUACAAGUGCCUUGAGUGUGGCAAGGCCUUCUACCGCAGGUCACACCUCAAGCAGCACCAGCGGAGUCACACCGGGGAGAAACCUUAUGUGUGUGGUGAGUGUGGAAAGGCCUUCACCCACUGUUCCACUUUUAUUUUGCAUAAGAGGGCCCACACUGGAGAGAAGCCCUAUGAGUGCAAAGAGUGUGGGAAAGCCUUCAGCAAUCGUUCAGACCUCAUUCGACACUUCAGCAUCCACACUGAAGAGAAACCCUAUGAGUGCAGUGAGUGUGGGAAGGCCUUUAACCGCAGGUCAUACCUCACACGGCACCAGCGGAUUCACAGUGGAGAGAAACCUUAUGAGUGCAUGGAGUGUGGGAAAACCUUUUGCCAAAGGGCAAAUCUCAUUCGACACUCCAUCAUCCACACUGGGGAGAAGCCUUUCGUGUGCAAUGAAUGUGGUAAGGCCUUCACCUACUGCUAUACUUUUAUCUUGCAUAAGAGGGCCCAUAUUGGAGAGAAACCUUUUGAGUGCAAAGAAUGUGAGAAAACCUUCAGCACUAGAAAAGAUCUCAUUCGACACAUUAGCAUCCAUGCUGGAGAGAAGCCCUAUGAGUGCAGUGAGUGUGGGAAGGCCUUUAACCGCAGGUCAGGCCUCACACGGCACCAGCGGAUUCACAGUGGAGAGAAACCCUAUGAGUGCAUGGAGUGUGGGAAAACCUUCUGCUGGAGUACAAGCCUCAUUCGACACGCCAUCAUCCACACUGGAGAGAAGCCCUAUGAAUGCAGCGAGUGUGGAAAGGCCUUCAGUCGUAGUUCAUCUCUCAGUCAGCAUCAAAGGGUUCAUACUGGGAGAAACCCUGUCAAGUAGAAUAGAGAUAGGAAGAUUCUUCACAAGUGGAUAAUCCUCAGUCAAUCUCCAAGAAGUCUUGUUGGGGAAAGAUUUUUUUGAAUGUAAAGAUUUUCCAGUUUAAACAACAGUUGUUUAAACUGGAAAAUCUUUUGCCAAAAUGUGAUUAUUUAUACUAAAGGGAAUCCCCCCCCCCCCGACACCACCACCACCCCAGUUUUCUUCCUUGUGCGAAAACCUGUUUCAGGAUAUCACUUUUCUUCUAAUGAGUCAUGUUAGAAAUGGACUCAGCCUAGAAUCUCAUUCUGCGUCUGAGAAUCUGCAUCUGAGAACUUUGAUCCAGCAAAACCUUCAGCCACAUCUUUCUCCUUAGUUUACACUGCGAAAUUAUCUCAGGGGUAUUUAAACAAAGAAAGAGGAGACAUAGAGGGAAGAAGACAAAUGCAACCGCAGCUUCUUUAACAGAUCAGAGGGCCUCAUUCCCUUAUUUCUUCUGUGUAUACAUUCACUUUUGUCGAAAAUCAGGAGAGUUAGGCUUUAGAGGAUGUUUGAAAACACCAGUUGAAAGCCUUUGUUCUACAACAUUGUCUCUACCUGUGAACAGCAUGAGUCUCUGAGAAAUAUGAAGGCUUAAAUUAUGGAAUGUUUUUAUAUUCAGAUAAAGAUGUACAUAUGCUACAGAAGACGCCACUCAGACCAUUAAAUUUCUUUUUGAAAGUGACAAACAUUAAAAAAUGCACUCAUGAAAUCAGACUUUUAAAAAUACGUUUUUUCAUGCCUUUAACCAUUCAAAACUCAGUCUUCAUCUUGAACUACUUGUUCAUUUUUUCUUUUUUUCUGUGGGGUGAGGAUUACAGUGUCACUGUGUAACCUCCCCACAUGAAUCCUGGUUAUACCCUCUGACUGAUUUCUAAGCUUCAGUCUUCCUUAGAGAGACUUUCACUUCAGCGAUUUUCUAGGGGUUGAAUUAGAGCCAAAAGAAAAUAAAAGGCGGCUGAAUUAGAAGAAUAAGAUAAAGUAAAAAAAACACACAGAGUACAUCUUAUUUUUUUAUCCUUACCCAAGGACAUACUCAUUGAUUCUAGAAAGAGGUAAAGGGAGGGAAAGAGGGAGAGAAACAUCAAGGGAUUGGUCGCCACUUGUAUGUGCCCUGACCAGGACUGAACUCACAACCUAGGCAUGUGCCCUGACCAGAAAUCAAACCCGUGACCUUUCAGUUUAGGACAACAGUCCAAUGAACUGAGUCACACCGGCCAGGGUACAUCUCAUUUUUAAUCUUCAAAAAGAUUAUGUGAAGAUUCACUGCUAAAUUAACUUGAAUUUUAACACAAAGUAGGCAUAUGUACAUGCGGGUUUGUGUGAGUUUCACCAUUGUCACCAUGGGGUUCAUCCUGGUAUAAAAACUAAUGACUAGCCCUGGCUGGUGUAGCUCAGUGGAUUGAGCGCGGGCCUGCGAACUAGAGGAUCACUGUUCAAUUCUGAGGCAGGGCACAUGGGAAUGCAGGCCUGGGUUGCAGGCCAGUUCCCAGCAGGGGACCCACGAGAGGCAGCCAUACAUUGAUACUGCUGUCCCUCUCUCCUUCCCUUCCCCUCUAAAGAUAAAUAAAUAAAAUCUUUUAAAAAAAACAAAUUAAUGACUGUCUUUCCUCAGGGUAUUUUGGAAUUUCUCCUUUGCCUUUUUUUUUUUAAAGCUACACGUGAUACUAUUACCUCACAGAAAUAUACUGUACAAAAGUAUAUAUGCUUCACAGAAAGAUGAUCGUGUCUUCACUCUGAACCCUCCUCAGGGCCUUUUAAGUGACUGUGUAGAUUUGUAUUGUCACUGUAGGCAAAGCCGUUUCUGAUGUAUUAAUUAAUGGUACUGUUGUUAAGGUUCCUCUUCAUCCUCUUCAGCAGCCUCUAGGUCCCAAGUAUUUUCUAAAAGCUUUAUAAUUUUUUAACUUUUACAUUUAAAUUUGUGGUCCAUGUUGAGUUCAUUUUUGUAUUACCCUAUGAGGUUUAGGUUGAGUUUCUUUCUUGUAUUUUUGCCUAAGUAUUCUGUUGUUCUGGCUCCAUUUCUUGAAAAGACUAUUUGGCCUCCAUUGAAUUGUGUUUACCCCUUAGUCAGAAAUCAUUGGGCAUAUUUGUGAUGGUCAAUUUCUGAGUUCUCUAUAUUAUCUCAUUGAUUUGUGAUAGUAUAGGUAUCACACUAUCUUGAUUACUGUAGCCAUCAUUAGAUCUUAAAAUUGGGUAACA